GGUGUAGGGCCAGGCGGCGCGACUCCGCGAGCGCCAACUGCGACAGUAUUGCCUUGGUCGUCAGUGAGUGAGGGUGUCGAGAGAUUUGCUCCCGUGUUGACGUUCCACCACUCUUCCAGCUUCAACGUUCUUCGCCACCAAGGUUUGCGGUGAUGUGGAUGUGGCCGAGUUUGCUGUUGUUGGCGGCCGUGGGCACCGCUACGGGGCCUCGGGCGAACUUUGUCCACAGGUUCGAGCCCGUGGACUUUAACGGCGCUGACUACUAUGUUAAUGGAGGGAGUGGAGGGAACACCCCGGCCGUCUUGGAGGACCUCCGGAGGGGUCAGGAGGGUCUUAUCGUCAAGAUCAGUGACGUCACUAAGUCGCUCAAGGAGGACGAGUUAAAGUUAAACAAUGUCUUCUACAAGUUGGGGCGCCACGACACCAACAUCGAGGAUGUCGUCUCCGACCUUGAUCGACUUUCGACAGACUCGCGACGUAUAGAGGCCAAGCUCAACAGACAUGCUUUUAAUGUGGAUUUCCUGAGGCGGCGAAUGGAAAUGCUGCAGCACAGCUCAGAGUCAGAAGCGACGAUGGAGGUACAGGUUGAGGCAGUGAGGUCCAUCGUCAACCGCCUCGAUGAUCGCCUUACAGAUGCUCUGGCUCGCCUCGGCCUAGUGGAGAAUACUACCAAGACACUGGAAAAGCGUUCGGCUCCACAUUAUGAAGACUUUCAUAGCCCUUUCCUAAUGGCUGCUGCUGCCCGCCCUCCCACCCUCACAGUCUACCCAUCACCCCAGCAAGAGACAUGUAGGCUAGACUGGGAGAAGGUUGGACUUGGUUGUUAUUGGUUUGGCGGAGAAGAGCUGACGUAUCCUGAGGGAGUAGCAGCCUGUGUACGCCACGGGGGUCAGCUGUUGACUCUUCCAGCUCCUGGCACACAGCUGGACCUCCUCCUCGCUCGCCUUCACGAUAGUACUAUAUAUUGGACAAGUGGUACCGAUUCCUUCAGCAAAGGGGAUUGGACUUUUCUGAUGACGGCCCAACCUGUGAUGCCACUCCACUGGGCAGAGGGAGAAAAUUCCUCAAGUAGCCAACCUAGUCAUCAUUGUGCUGGUGUCACCUCUUCGGGACUUGUCAAACACAAGUGUACGCACCGUUUACCAUAUGUGUGUCACAUACUAGGCCUGCCAUAAAUUACCCGUCAAGGUAGCAAGAUGCUAUACAUUCUCGGUCAUCAGUUGCCCUAGUGUAUCAAGACCUUCAUAGGGCUGACUACACAAACAUUGCCAAAAUGUCACAAUAACACACAUUUGUUUUUAAGUACAGUUACCUAAAUGCAGAACUGCACAUCCUUUCCCGAUACAAAACAGUUUAUGAACACUUGUACAUGAACAGACAUGUUUGCACCGGUGCAUCCCAUGCCAUCCAAACUUUGCUAUAUAUUGCUAUUUUCUACCACACAUUAUGUUUGUAUUAUGAAAACAAUAUAACCACACUUUCUAUGCACAUUUUUUAUAUCAAAAUUACUUUUAGAAAAUACAUCUAGAAAUAUUUUGUAGAUUCCUUUGGUCACCAUUUGUUGGCAUAAAAUUCUGGUCCAGGAAAGACAUGGUCUCGCUUUGCUGGCAAUUAACCAUUGCUACUGAGGAACCCAAUUUUAACAAUGCAUUCAACCUCAUAGUAUAUUGGCCUCUGAUCACUAUAAUAUGUCAUACACUGUGAAGCAUAAUUUAAGGUAUGGAAUAAACACUGCUGUUUGUAGCAAAACUGACCAUCAUAUUGUACAGUAUUCACUAACAACUAAAUAAUGGUUUAUGAAUGUAUUUGUACAGUACAACUGUGCUAGAGAAACAUCUAUGAUUUUAAUCAAGACAACUAUGUUAAUAUUUAUAAUAAUAAUUAUAAUAAUUUUAUUUAUAAAAUAUACAUAGGAACAUAUUAGUGGUCAAUUACUAGAUACAUAAAUUGUAAAUUGUAUAUUAGAUAAGACCAAUAAUACACCCAACCUUCUAUUCAUGCACAUGCUCCAACCCCACAAUGUAAACAAGUUAGCAAUUAUCCAAAUGUGGUUAGAGGAUGGGAGCCAUGCUCGUGAUCUCUCAUCUUGUCAGUAGUGUACACAAUCAUGAGCACAAACAGUUACUCCUUCACACAUUUAUUUAUAAUGAUACAUGGUAUACAAAUACUGUACUUUACAGUAAGAUUUCGGUAAUCCGAAUAAAUUGAGUUCAAGUUUUUAGCUGCUCAUCUCUAAUAAUAAUUCACAUUACCGAGAUGUCUGCUGAACUCUAACCAAAAUAAAUUUGAGCUCGAGUUUUUGACUGUUCAGCUCAAAUAUAAAUUCGAGUUACUGAGAUUUUUGACAACGGGAAACCUGAAUGAAUUUAAAUUUGAGUUUUUGACUGCUCAACACUAAUGAAAAUCUGAGUUACCAAGAUUUCUGAUAACAAAAACCUAGUUAAAUUAUAUAUUUUUCCAUUUUUGGACUUUCCAGGUAAAAAUUCAGCUAACUUGAAUGUCCGCUUAACUUGAAUGGAGUGGACCCCAUGUAAUUCAGAUUAUCGAGCAUAGACAGUAGGUAGUGUUACCUUGCACAAUAAGUCACAAGAACAUGAUACUUCAGAGAAAAUAUCAAAGCCAUAUUAUGGGAUUGAACCAACAUCACUGGACACUGGUGCACGUGCUUGUUGAGUCCAGGAAUUCAGGUUCGAUCCCAUUUUACAAUUUUAAUACUUUCUCAAGUGUUACCUUCAUUAGCAUUAUUUAUAGUCAAAUUAUGAGGAAAUUAUUUUAAUGCUAUUACAAAUUUUAACCUAGAUUCCAAUGAUCUGUUUUGUUUUUAGGAAUUAACAGUAUACAACCAGAAUAGUGUACAAAAAAUAUAUAUUUAUCGUUAA